AUUGAGUAGUCGUAGAAAGAGGUUAGACUCUGCUUUUGAGGUCUUACAUAGAGCAGAUGCAGGGAGGGGAGUGUAUCUAAAAGGCGAGGAGGAGGAGGAGGGGGGAAGAGGAGCACCAGAUUGUACCUCUGAGAGGGGAGCAUCUGUCACUCUCCAUCUUGUUCUCAGACCUAGCCCAGCCCUGCUGAGGAGUGGAGAGACCAUCCAGACCAGCUACUGCUGCAUCUCAGCCUCCAAGCUUGGCUUCAGCUCUAAGGUAUGGACCUGUGCUGAGGGUGUUUUAGAUAGUGUCUGUGUGGGUAUGCAUGUGGUUACAUUGCUGAAGCACGCUAGGGAACUGAUGCAGAUAGAGUGUAGCUAGAUCUUUGCAGUCACUCCUUUGUUCUGUAGCCCUCUCCUCUCUCUGCAAAGCUCACUGCAGUAUGAGGAUAACCACAGCCCUCUGAGCAGCACUCACUCAGCACUCUACUGAUACUGGCUUGUCAUUUUGAAACUAAACUAGUAAACCACUCUUUAUCAUUUAUCUUUUUGCAUGUUGGCUUUAUCGUUUUAAUAUCUAAUGCACGCUUUCUGUUAACCAUGCAUGGAUUUGGGGAGAACUGACACAUGCCUUGGAAAGGAACCACCCAUUAUCAAAUGAAGUUCACAUUUUUUUUUUAAUCCCCCCCCCCCCACUCCAUGGUAUUUCUUAUCCCUGAAUUUCCAUAAAAGCAGACAUUGUCCCAUUCCCAAUGUAGUUACUGUCUCUCAGCUAUAUCCUUUUUGUCCUGCAUUUCUUCCCAUUUCUAUAUGGAACGGAUUAAUGCUAGCCACGUUUUGUUGGCAAUAUGAACUGCCACAGGGGAAAGAAAGAGCUUGCUUAACCUUAUGGCACCCAGGAUGUUAAAUGUAUUUUAUCUGUGUAUAUUCGUAUUAUACAAGUUUCACUGUUUGAGUACACACUGUGGGGUGGGGGGUGAAUGUGUUGGUUUUUAUUUUAUUUUCUUUCUUCUGAAUCCUAAACUGAUACAGCCACUGGCCACCACCUGGGGUUCAACUGACAGUAUUUGGGCUAAUUGGCUCUCUUACAUUUGGGAGGGGUCGUUAAAAUUUUGUUGAGGGGGGGGAACCCCUGUUUAACCCAUUCAGUGCCAGCUAGCUGUAUAAUGCGUCUGGGCAGAUUUUACUUUUUUUUUUUUCUCUGUAUCAAAGAGCAGAUGUGUGCGUGAUGACAAUACAUAUACCCUGCAAUUAACGCCCCCAUAUACAGUAAUUGUAAUUUAAUCAACUUGCAGAUAGUACAUCCGAUCUCCCCAUCUGCUGGGAACAAUCAGUGUUAACCUUCUGGCUGCUGUGUGCGUAGGUGGAGGCAGGGCAGAGAGACCAACCCUGGCGACCCCCAUCUAGCCAAGAAUGUACAUUUAUCAUCUGCAACAUCCAUUGUAAUGUAUGUGUCCUGGUUUGCUGAUGACGGCCUAUGUCUGAAUUGGUUCCUGCAAUAACCCCUUGUGUGCUUUAAGAGCCCUCAAAAAGGCUUCCUGUUCCAGCAAGCAAGCAGUCCAUCCAAAUGCAGUUUUCUUGCAUCAGCUGGGAAACCAGGGAAUUUAAAUUAACUAAAGCCAAGAAUGACAUUAUUUGGGGUUUUGAGAGAGGGGAGUAGGGGGAGAGAAAGGCUAUUGAUUUUUGGUGGUUUUUAUUUAGCAGUCAUUAAACCCAGCACAUGAGAACAUCUGUAAUCACAAUGCCUAAAAUAAUCCUCUAGCAAACAUUGAACACUCUCUCUUUUUUUUUAAUUUUUUUUUUUAGACAAAGGGCUGCUGGCCAUUUGCUUUAAUAGCUAUGGGAUGUUUGACACCUCCAACAAUUCUUAUUAACUCGGCAAAAUACCAUUUGUGAUCAGUUAUAGAAACUAAUGUUGGAUGAGAAAAACAAAUCUGAAAUUAAACUGUUUUUUGGUGCAUAUGAAAAUGUUGCAACUGUUGCUUUUAUGUAUGUAGACACGGAGUGGGGGGGGGGGGGGUCAUGUUUAGGCAAGGGUUAAAAUCAGAUUUAUUCCUCUUGGUCUUGAAGACAAGGAUGCAAUCUUAUCUUGGCAAGCAGAUCCACAAAAGCUGAAGGGUGCAGCCAUUUGGCACUCUGUUAGAUCUCCCAGGAGGCAGUGUUUAUGAUAAAACUGCUUUUUAGAAAGGGUUUUUGUUUUUUCAUCUUGGGGACUUUGUCUCCUUAGCAGAUGUUGAUUGUAAUCUCGGGGGAGAUACAGUUGGAUUAUUUCUAAUCUACCAUUUUGGCACUCUAAUGCCCAACCUAUAAUCCUAGACAAUGGUGUCAAGGUAGGGGCUUUGACUAGCAUCUUGAGAAAGGGAAGUCCUGAAGAUUUGAGUUGGAUUGAAGCUCUUAUUUAACGUAGAUCAAUUCACUUGCCAACGCAUGUCGGUGUGACUCUCACCUGUUGGGUUACUCUAGACAACUGUGGUCAUUAUCAAAUACAAGAUGGUGGCCAUAUUGUAUUGGUUUUAUUUAUUGUAUAUGUGCAGGUUAAAUACUGCACUGUUGGGGAGCCCUGUUUCAUUUUAAGAAAAUUGAUGGGGGUGUGUGUGGUGUGGGGUUUUUUAUUUUUAUUUUUUUGUUAUCUUUUCCAUGAUGUCCUCCUUUUUAUUAUAGUGUUGGUAAAGAACAGAAUGUGGUCUACAAUAGCUUAUUCAGUUCUGCAAUCUGUUGCAUCUAUUUAUUGCUGUACCAGAAUCUUUACCCCUACUCAAGUUUACUGACUGGUCUAUCAUCUUAAAAUUCCAUUACUAUUUGUAUACCAUGUUUUUAUGCCAGCCCAAAGAUUUACUAUACCACACUGCCAUGAAUGAGUUUUCUUUACUAAACCUGAAUGCAUUUUAGUGCAAAGGUCAACUAUUGGACACAAAUUCCUUGCCCCCUUUCAUUGCCCCACUUGUAGAAAUGUUGUCGUCUUCCCCUUCUCCCCCCUCCCUCCCAGAGGUGUGUGUAUAUGUGAAUUAGUUUGAUUUGCCCUUAAUCAUAUCUCUUGUCUUUCUGCAGAAAUAACAAUGGGAGCAAAGUUAAGCAAGAAGAAAAAGGGCUAUUGUCUUGGCGCUGGUAAAGAUGGAGAAUCUACGGAAACAACAGAAGUUGAACAAAAAGAAACUGAAAAUCAGGAUGGGCAAAAAGAUGCUGCUGAGUCAAAUGGAGAAAAACCCUCUACAGACCAAACUGGAACCAGUGGUGAAGGUGAAGAACAGGUAGCUGAGGCAGAGAAGCAGAGUGUGGAAACACCAUUGGUUGAAAGUACCAAAGAUGACUCCGAUUCCAAAGUGGACAAAAUGCCAGAAACCAAUUCUAGUGAAACACAAGUGGAAAAGGUUGAGUCAAGUGAAAGUUCACAAGUCAAAACUGAAAAUACUGAAUCUUGCUCAAAUACAACUCAGGAAAAGGCCUGUGAUGGGACAAAAGGAAAUGGAUCAACUGUAGAAAAGUCUCCAAUUGCUCAGGAGGCACAAAAAAUUGAAGAGGCCCCUGAUGGUUUGAAAUUGUCAUGUGGGCCUCAAGGCUCUGAAGUAAAAGAUGAGGCUGUUAAAGAAAGUAAGGAAGAUCACGUGGCUCCAGUGGAAAAAAAUCCAGUUCAAGAAACUGCGGCUGCAGAAGUCCACGUGAUGCCUUCUGAAACCUCCAAACCAGUUACUGAGCUGGAAAAGCAACCAGCAACUGAACACACAGAAACUGAGCCUAAGGAAACAAACUCAGUGCCUGAUCCAGUUUCUGAGGAAGUUAUUAAGGAGGAAGUAGACAACUUGCAGAAUUCUCCCGUACCAGAGUCUGCAUCAGACCACUCCAAACCAGAACCUGUGCAAGAUACCCAGUCAGUUGCAGACCUGGCGAAAUCUGAGCAAGUCCAUGAAUCCAUCCAGGUGACCGGUGCAGAAAAGCCUGAGCUGCCACCAGAUUCAGUGGAGGAGCCAGUAAAGUCUGAACAGGUUCAGGAGGCUCCCAAUGAGCUAGAUGCUGUGGAAAAAGAAAAGGUAGUUGCUGUAGCAGAAGAGCAUUCUGAUGUAGAUGGCAAGAUCGAACCCAAGCAAGAAGCUGAACAGUUGCCACCAAUUGUGCCAGAGCAAUCUGUGCUGAUUGAGAAUGGCAUUGAUCAGAAACCAUCAGAAUGUGAGAGUCAGGUUGGUGACGUAGAAAAUGCUGAAACUAACACGCAGCCACCUAAGGAGGCCACAGAAGAACAAGCUGAAGAUGUACAGGACUUGAUAAGCCAAAAUGGUCCAACUGAGCAGUGUGUUUCUGUACAAGAUGAAUUGAGUGUCUCUACAGACCAUGGAGCAAAAGGUUUGAAAAUGGAAGAAAACAAGGAAGUUGAACAAAACGUUACUAUGCCACAGCAAGCUGUUCCCGAUGGCAAAGAAGGUGAUGGAGAUAAAACUGACGUUCCAGCAGAGCUAUCAAAUCAAGAAAACAACCAAACUGUUUCAAACCUUGAGAGUGUGACAAAUACAGCCCCGGAAUUGUUAGCCACUGAUGUUCCUGAUCACAGUGUCAGUAUGUUAUCAGAAGAAGAAACUCAGAACCACCCAAAGUCAGGUGAAGAACUGGGAAAGGAAAAGGGGCCUUCUGAUAAUCAACAGACAAAUGAUAAACACCUGGUCAGCAAUGGCCUCCCUAUGAAAGAAGAAAUGAAACUGAAAGAAGACUUAGAAAAUGAAUCUGACAAAGCAAUUAGUGAUCUAAAUGGGCAAAAUCAUGAAAUUGUGUGUAGUGAAUAAUGGCAUGGAUGUAUCUUUAUCAAAUGUGAAAUACAAUAAUUCUUCAACCUGAUGUACUGUAUACAUUGUCAGUGACCAAACACCUUCAUCCAAAUGUACGAAAUUUGAAAAAUGUAACAAAUCUUGCCCUCCAGUUCUGGUAUGUAGCAACCAAACACAUGUGGUUUGUUUUUUUUUAAAUACUGCGGCAUUUUCUUCAUAACUUCUGGUGCAUAUGAAAAUUCCUAUUUAUAAUUCAUAUUUUCUAUCUCUUCACUGGACCAAGUAAUGUCUGUCGCAAAGAAAUUAAUCUAUUAAUUGGCACCAGGAAUUUUACCAACACCCCCGUGCAAUGAUCUUAACUCUGUGUUCGGAUCAAAAUGUCUUAAAACGCAUGAAUUUAACAAUGUUUUCCACAAAUAAAAUUUCAUACUAUUUACCCUUUCAGUGUGUUU